GCCAAGACGGGAGCGCGGCUUCUCCGGGCCCCGCUCGGCCAUGGCCGCCCCUGCCGAGCCCGGGCACUCGCCCGGCUUCAAGAAGCCGCCGGCGCUGCUGCGGCUGAAGCGCAAACGUCCUGGGCGGAGGAGCGACCCCGCCGCCCCCGCGGAAGCCGCCGCCGCCCCGGCCCCGCGGGGCUCUGCGGCCGCCCGCCGCCGCAACCCCUUCUCCAGCCUGGACAACGCUCCGCGGCGGGCGGCGGCCGCCCCUCAGCCUCCGGCAGCGGCCCCGGCCCCGGCGGGCGGGGAUCCAUCGGCAGCGCCCUUCUGGCAGUUUUUAGAGCCGGCCUGUGAGAAGAAGCCCCCCGGGAGAGAGGAGCCUGCUGAAAGUUCCGACAUCCUCUCCCUAAGCCAGGACCUCCAUUCACCUCUUGCUGUACCCAAAGCUCCCUCCUCGCCAAGACAGGAGUUCCCUGCAGACUGGAGCAUUAAAACACGGGUUCUCUUCAUGUCCUCCCAGCCCUUCACCUGGGCAGAGCACCUGAAAGGCCAGGAGGAGGCGCAGGGGGUCGCUCAGCACUGCAGAGCUGCGGAAACCACGCUGCCCCGGAGCGUGCAGGAGCCGCGGCUGUGCACGGAGCUGCGCUGUGCCUUCCAGCAGAGCCUGCUCUACUGGCUGCACCCCUCGCUGCCCUGGCUGCCGCUCUUCCCGCGCCUCGGGGCAGACAGGAGCAUGGCUGGGAAGGCCUGUCCUUGGGCACAGGACGAGGCCCUGCAGCAAGUGCUCAUGAGUGACUGGUCGGUGAGCUUCACCUCCCUGUACCAGCUGCUGCGGGCCCGGCUGUGUCCCUACUUCUACGUGUGCGCGGCGCAGUUCUCGGUGCUGUUCCGCGCCGCGGGGCUGGCGGGCAGCGCCGAGCCCACGGCCGCCAUCGCCCCCACCACGCGCGGCCUGCGCCAGGCCAUGCGCACCGAGGGCAUCGAGUUCUCCCUGCCUCUGCUGGAGGAAAGCAGAGCCAGGAAACAGAAAAACUCUGAGGAGAGUUUGGAGACCGCCGAGGGCCUCGGAGAGAGCAGCAGUGCGGAGCAUGCGGGGGAACCAGCUCCCAGCGAUGAUGAUGAUGAUGGAAACUUCUCUUGGCUUGAGGAGAUGGGAGUCCAAGGCAAGGUGAAGAAACCAGACACUAUUUCUAUCCAACUGCGCAAGGAGAAGCACGAGGUGCAGGUGGAUCACAGGCCCGAGUCGCUGGUGCUGGUGAGAGGCAGCAACACCUUCAGGCUGCUCAACUUCCUGAUCAGCUGCCGCAGCCUGGUGGCCGUGGCGGGGCCGCAGGCGGGGCUGCCCCCGACGCUGCUGUCCCCGGUGGCCUUCCGGGGCGGGACCAUGCAGACGCUCAAGGCUCGGACUGUCAGCGGCCGUGCCCGGGUGCAGGGGGGCUUUGAGGACGUGUUCAGCCUGGAGGUGCUGGGGCCCGUCCUGCCGCACGCCCUGCACGCCCUGACGCUGGUGCUGGGCCCGGCACAGCGCGGCUCCUUCCGCGCCCUGCUCAGCCCCCACGAGCCCAGCGCCGCCUUCAACACCCGCCCGGCCUCGCCCCAGGAGGACGUGCAGCAGGACCUGCCUGCCUGCGGGCUGCAUCCCAAGACUCUGGAUCAGCUGAGUCAGUGCCCCACUCUGGGGAAAUCCUCCCUCCGCCUGCUGGAGAUGAAGGAUUACACCUACACCUGGAAGGCCUAGGAAUGCUGCUGGUCCCUGGAGCAGGACACUCCCUCCCUGGGCUGCAGGUGCUGAGCUUGGGGCAGGGUGGGAGGGACACCCCACACGGCUGCUGCAUAGGAACACCUCCAAGGGCUUUGAAGGAAAGGAGGGGAAAGGCCUUGGACAUCUCCUUUUUUAUUGUAGAAAGAGUUUUUAAAAUAAAACGUAAUUUUAUUGGU